AGUAGCGUUGACAUUUAACAACUGUCACAAGUUGCGGUAGAAAAAAUUCUUUCUUCAAGAAAAUAUUCUUCAUUGCUUUUGUUCAAAUCGCGAGGAAAAAUUUUAAUCCAUUCUAAUCGUGCUUUAAAUUAAUACAAAACUUAUUUAUUUCGUGUUAAUUAAAUUCAGAAAUAAUAUCGCACCAAAAAGUAAAAUGUCUGCUGGAUUAAAACCUCAGGGAGCUGCCUUCAAAGACAAGAGCAAGCCGGCUGAUGUCCGUAUGAGCAAUAUUCAAGCAGCUAAAGCUGUUUCCGAUGCCAUUCGUACAAGUUUGGGUCCUCGUGGUAUGGAUAAAAUGAUCCAAUCGAGCAAUGGAGAAGUAUCCAUCACCAACGAUGGUGCAACCAUUCUCAAGCAAAUGAAUGUUCUCCAUCCAGCUGCCAAGAUGUUGGUUGAACUUUCACGUGCACAAGAUGUCGAAGCUGGAGAUGGUACUACCUCAGUUGUAGUCAUUGCUGGAGCUCUAUUGGAAGCCUGUGAAAAACUUCUCCACAAGGGUAUCCAUCCAACUGCUAUUUCCGAGUCUUUCCAACGUUGUGCCAAUAAAGCUAUUGAAAUCUUGAAUGAGAUGUCCAAACCAAUUGAGUUGACCGAUCGUGAGACACUCAUUAAGAGUGCAUCAACUUCGUUGAACUCGAAAGUUGUAUCGCAACAGAGUAGCCUAUUGGCUCCCUUGGCUGUUGAGGCAGUCAUGAAAGUGACCGAACUCGGCAAGGAAGGAACUGUUGAUUUGAAAAAUAUCAAAGUUAUUCGUAGUUUGGGUGGAACCAUUGAAGAUACCCAAUUGGUUGAUGGUUUGGUAUUCACAAUGCGUUCGGCUGGUACCAACGCACCUAAGCGCAUUGAAAAGGCAAAGAUUGGUCUUAUUCAAUUCUGUAUUUCGCCACCAAAAACAGAUAUGGACCACAGUGUCAUUGUUUCCGACUACGCAGCCAUGGAUCGUGUAUUGAAGGAAGAACGUUCAUACAUUUUGAACAUUGUCAAGCAAAUCAAGAAGGCUGGUUGCAAUGUCCUUCUUGUCCAAAAAUCCAUCUUGAGAGAUGCCGUUUCUGAUCUUGCUCAACAUUUCUUGGACAAAAUCAAGUGCUUAGUUGUCAAAGAUGUAGAACGUGAAGACAUUGAGUUCGUUUGCAAGACUUUGAACUGUCGUCCUAUUGCUUCCCUCGAUCACUUUGUCGCCGAAAAUCUUGUUAACGCUGAUUUGUGUGAAGAAGUUGCCAGUGGAACCAGUAAAUUCGUUAAAAUUACCGGAAUUCAAAACCCCGGCCGCACUGUUUCCAUCAUCUGCCGUGGAUCUAACAAACUGGUCCUCGAGGAAGCUGCUCGUUCUCUUCAUGAUGCCCUCUGUGUUGUUCGUUGUUUGGUUAAGCAACGCUCUCAGAUCUGUGGUGGUGGAGCCCCUGAAAUUGAAAUGGCCUUACAAUUGGCUGCUUAUGCCCAAACAGUUGAAGGUGUCGAUGCCUACUGUUUCCGUGCCUAUGCUGAUGCUCUCGAAGUCAUACCUUCUACUUUGGCCGAGAAUGCUGGUCUCAAUCCAAUUGCCACCGUGACCGAAUUGAGGAACCGACAUGCUCAAGGUGAAAAGAAUGCUGGUAUUAAUGUCCGCAAAGGAGCCAUUACCGAUAUUUUCGCCGAAAAUGUUGUCCAGCCUUCGUUAGUCAGUAUUUCAGCAAUUUCCCUAGCUACAGAGACAGUUAGAUCAAUCCUCAAGAUUGAUGAUAUUGUCAAUACAAUGAGUUAAAUGUUUUUCUUCCUUAAAACUUCACAUCAUGCGCUGCGCUCUAAUGAGCAGUUAAUAGCUUCAACUUGACGCAUUCACAACGAAAUUUAUUUUUCGUAUUCAUUAAAAAAAAAAAAAUUUAAUGUUUGUUCACUCUCACACACUACUCAUAUGUAUUUUUUUCUUUUAACUAGUUUUUGCAUUUUAAUUUUAAAAAGAACAAAUCAUAAAACAAAAAUAAAAAUAAAAAAACAAAUAAAA